CUACACAGAAAUAGCAGCUAGAUUUGCCUUCUCCUUGGAAACAGUCUCGUAUCCACGGAGCGGCACACUGGCGUCGUUCACGCCGCAGUCCCAAGAAUUUCAAGCAUUCAUAAUACAGUUUAGUACUGUAACACAGAUAGGUUUCAUUUUGUACUUUUAAUUUUUUUUUAUUCAGAGCCAUCCUGCUUUAUUUUCCUUCCAGAAUUCAGAUUCCUGAAGUUAAUACUCGUGAGAUCUUAUUUUUUGUUCUGGGGGAAUAAAAUAGCGAAGCCAAAAUGUUUAAAGCCAAGAUAUUGCUGGUAGGCCCUAGUGAGAGUGGGAAAUCGGUUCUGGCGAAUUUUCUCUCUGAUGCUACAGAAUCAAUUGGAGGAGAGUACAGUCCGACGCAAGGUGUCAGAAUCCUGGAGUUUGAGUUCCAGAGUGUCACUGGACUUGGGAAGAAUGCAGGCUGUGAGGUCGAGCUGUGGGACUGUGCUGGGGAUAGCAAGUUUGAGUCAUGCUGGCCUGCCUUGAUGAAGGAUUCGAACGGGGUGGUGCUGGUGUUUAACCCCGACAUGCCCAGCCACUUGAAGGAGAUAGAGACCUGGUAUUCCUCCUUCGUCAGCACACAAGGGGGGCAGGACAGCCAGUGUCUACUGAUCGCACACCACAAACCAGGCAGUGGGGCUGACAACAGACGCCUGGGUCUGUCCCCACAGCUGAGCAAGCUAAACAUGAUCCAUUCAAACCUGGAGGAGGACCCGGAGGAGGUGCGGCAGGAGUUCAGGCACUACCUCGGCUCUGUGGUGAAAUCCCUCUCCGAGAGCAGGGAGCGUGAAGAGAUGUCCAUCAUUAACUAGAGUCCAGCGGACCCACAGCCCGCUGAGCUGCACCACACACCCCCAGGAGUGCCCCCUUCACAACCUGGCCAGAUGGUUCUGGUUGCAAAUGUAGUGGUCUACAAUGUUAUCCUUUUGCACCCUCACCCACCCAAUACAGUGUAUUGUACAAUGCAUAACAUAGUCUGUUGGCAUCUCAGGUUGCAGAAAGACAUGGUAACAUCUUAAGGUCUUGUUGCCUAUACAUUUUGUACAGGAAUUGGUACAAAUAACAACACUGAGAACCCACAAGAAUAUUCAGCUCAGUUAAUCAAGUUGUCAUUGCUUUGCAAAUGUGCAAUGGAGUAAUCUAAUGCAUGUGUGCAGAGCAAUCUCUUUGCAGUGAUUCCUGAAAACAUGUUGGGAAAGUUAAUCAAUGAAAACAGCAAUUGCUAGCCACUACAGUAAGAGUGCUAAAGUUAGGGAUCCAGGUGGAGGAAAUGUUAACUGAAGCUCAAUUUCUGAUUUGUGGCUUUUUAGAUGGAUUCCCCACACUGUAUAUUUUAAACUUUGUAAAUCUAAAUGUUAGUCAGUAUAAAGCUUUACAAAUGUAUUA